AGCCGGCGGCGGCGGCGGCGGCGGCGGCUGCGGUGGUGGCGAUGGGACCCCAGCGAGAGAUCUGCGGCUAGCUGGCUGCACUUGCUCCACGGGUCAGGGGAUCAGAGGGGCCAGGACUGAAGAAUGUGCCAUUAAAAAGAAAAGUCAAAGAAUAAACAAGAGGAAAAGAACUUCAAAGCUGUGAAAGAUGAGUUCCUGCAGCAAUGCCUGUGGCUCCAAGAAGGUGCUAGCUGCAACUGAGGGCGGAUACCAGCGCUAUGGAGUCCGGUCCUACCUGCACCAGUUCUAUGAGGACUGUACCACUUCUAUCUGGGAGUAUGAGGAUGAUUUCCAGAUCCAGAGAUCACCUAACAGGUGGAGCUCAGUAUUCUGGAAGGUCGGACUCAUCUCUGGCAUGGUCUUUGUGAUUCUUGGCUUGACUGUUCUAGCAGUGGGCUUUGCAGUGCCCCCGAAAAUCGAAGCCUUUGGUGAAGCUGAUUUCGUGGUGGUUGACACACACGCUGUCCAGUUCAACGGGGCCUUGGACAUGUGCAAGCUGGCGGGAGCUGUUCUCUUCUGCAUCGGGGGUACCUCCAUGGCAGGCUGUCUGCUCAUGUCAGUGUUCGCCAAAAGUUACUCCAAAGAAGAGAAAUUCCUCCAGCAAAAGUUUAAAGAGCGGAUCGCAGACAUCAAGGCGCAAACUCCACCCAUCACAAAAGCUCCAGGCCCAGGAGAAACAAAGAUCCCGGUCACUCUGUCCAAGGUUCAGAAUGUCCAGCCCAUCUCGACAACCUGAAGCCCUUUCCACCUGGGUCCUCCCCCUCCUAAGUUAUACACAUGGUUAGGACGGAGCAGGCCAGUUUCAGGGUGACAGGGAUUUGAAUGGGUCUUGUUCCAGAGCCAGCAGCACAUCUGACGGCAGCAGAAGUGAGCUCACGCUCGCUCGGGGCAGGUGGAUCUGGUCUGGGUUGAAGCCAUGUGUGUGUGUGUGUGUGUGUACCUGUGCACACCACCCAGAUCUUUGAGGGGCGCUCCUAGGUGCCCCCAAGAGCCCUCUGGAACCCCUCUCAUAUAUUGUGACUUUGUGUCCUUCUCUGUGUUACUGGAAAGAGCUGAACCGUCUAGACCAGCCCCCCAAUGUCUGUUUUAUUUUCUAAUAAUGGUUUUUCUAACUUUCCUGUGUGGCGCCGCCUUCCUGUCUCAGUAUGUACGUGUUCAUAGAAAAACUGAGUUUCCUCAUCUUGACCCAAACCUUAGUCCUCAAACUGCAUCUAAACCUGAGGUUUCUGAGAUUGGUUAUCUGCAUUCUCGGGUUGACUGUUCUAGCAGUGGGCUUUGUGGUACACCCCCAAAAUCGAAGCCUUUCGUGAAGCUGAUUUUUGUGGUUUUGCUUUCUCUACUUUUGUUUGGACUUAAGAAGCUAAAAUUGCCAACUUCAGCAUCUUACAUAAGACAUUAAUACAAAUAGUGUCUACUUAUGCAAUGUCCCAAAGUCAAGAAAUUUGAGUUCCAACUAUUAAUCAGCGGUGUGACCUUGGAGAAAUCAUUUAACCUCCUCGGUAUCAGGUUCCUCAGCUGCAUAAGGGGGGUCCUGGAUUGUGAUGUCUGAGAUUUCUUGCCACAUGUCAUCAUGUCCCUCCACACCCACCCCAGGAUAUGUGAACCAUCCUUGUGGUUCUCACUACAGUGGGUUUGUUCAGACCUGAACUUCCAGAAAGUUACCAAGUCAGCAGCCUCCACGUUGCCUACCCUUAAACAUCUGACCCAGCAGUUUAUACAAUGCUAUCCUAUUUUUAUAAAGACAAAAGUAAGCCAUUCUCAAAUAGGAAACCCCUGAGUAGAUAUUAACUUUAAAAAAGGGUUUUCUUUCUCAAAUAUGACACAUUACUCUCCAGCAAGACAUUCAUCUCAUCCCUUCAGACUUUUAUUUAAUCUGUGGAUUUUAAUCAGACUGAGGAAGAUGAAAGUUGUGACCUUGGUAUUCUCUCAGAAUCUGUGCCAUCUUCAAAUCCUGUCUUUUUUUAUUUUCUCCUUCACUGGAUAAAUAAAAUAUGUGAACAAGUGAAACCUGAAUUGCUCUGUCAUUCCUUCAGUGUGGCUCGUUUCUC